CCGUCGACGCUCGCCUUUCUCUUCCUCCCCACCAUUACAUUUUGCUGUGACUACUCCACGAAACAAUCAUGUCUGGAAAAUCAAACCCGGCCAACCAAGCACGAUAUAUCAAUGACUUCAGCAAGGCCCUCGCGAACGAGGUCCGCAUCCUCCUGCAAGAGGUUGGAAAGCUGCGGGAUGAGCGUCGGCAACUGCAGUACGAGAUCGCCGAGCUCAUGAGCGUAAAGUCGAAGCACGGCGCGGGCGGCGAGUACACGCCCGACUGGCAGCCAACGCACGUCGAAGAGCCGCCCCCGCCGCCCGCCGUCGAGCCGCCACCCGCACCGCAGAGCAUGGCUGGCGACGGCCCCGCACGCCCCGCGUGGCGCACGGUACACCCCCGGCAGGAACGCCGCCAGAAGGCGAAAGCGAAGGCGCUGCCGCCGCCCCAGACCCCUGCGCCCGUCUCCGAGCCACCGACCCCGAACAUGCCUGCGUGGGCGCAGUGGAAACCGAACCCUCUGCUCUCGCCGCAGCCCAUCCCUGGCACAGCUGCUUCUCCUCUACCCACUGAUAUGGCCCCGCCUCGCAUGGGCCUCUUUGGUCCUCCCUCGCCACCCCCGAAGUAGGUCUCAAUCAUCAUGUUCGUCGGAUCGUGUCAGGCGGAGACGAGUUAUCCAAUUUCCGAUACUUGCAGCUAUCUUUACAUCCUUGUGUUUCGCUCCGGUUUUGUUUUGCUUUCUCUCUAUCGGUCUCUCCCCCACAACGCUGUAGUCCUCGCUAUGAUUCUGGAACGAAAUCUCAUGUCUUCUGGUCUUCUUCCUUUGCUCGAUCCACUCACGCCGCCUGAUAAUAUGCUGAACUAGGAUGCGGGAUGUAGUAUUGAUUAUGGCAUAUGUGUACGAUGGCUG